UAUAUCACUGAUUUUCUCACGGCCCUGAUCAUGGGAGAAGCCCUUGGAGUAGCAUGGGAAGCCGCUCCUGGUAUGACCAGAGCAAUCGUCUUGGUGUAUGUCGCCCUUCUCAUGUUUGGACUAUUCCUGGAGACCACACAAGCCCACGCUCAGUUCGAGUUCGUGGAACUUAGCGUGCGGAUCUUAUGGCGUCCCCAUCGGGUUUGGGUACUCGUGACCUGUCCAUUCCUCUACACCCAGCACGCAUUUACAACGAUAGUGGGUCUACCUGUGGGCUACUACCUUCUAUCCAGACUGCCAUCUAUUGAGAGGGCCAAGGGAUCUACAGGUCUAUUGUUAUGGUUUUUGAUCACCGUUUAUACCACUAUCCUGCUUCCAUUCCUUCUCGUCAUACCAUUCGUCGGGCUGGACCGGUUGAUUCGUUUUUCGGUGGGGCUUAGGCUGGAAAAUAGGACGUUCAGUGGACUCUUCGCAUUGGCCAUCUUCAUGAUCACCAAGGAAUGCAUCAUUAAUCGUGAGCCUAUGCAACUCGGUAGUUACUCUAUACCCAACAAAUGGUACCCAUGUGUCCUCAUACUGGUCGUAUCGGUAUUAACUUGGAGAGUUCGUCUUGACCUCGUCGCCGCAGCGUUAUUGGCUCUGCUCGAUUCAAGUCCCAGGUUCGCCUUUGUGGAUAAACUACAACCAUCUACUCGAACUCUGGCCAAAGUAGAGACCAACCUUCUGCGUAACUGGUUCAUGCCAAUGUCCCUCUUUGGAGGAGAAUACAUACCUAUAGAACGAUCCACCUCUUUUACGGCUAACGAUGAAGAAACAGAGAUGAGCAAUGCUGCUGAAGAUAUUGAGUCUGCUCUCGAGAGCGGCCAUCAAGGAGAUACAGCAGUGGCAGGGAAUACCUCCGAUGUCGCGGGAGGCUUUUCCACGAACGGAGAUGAGCACCACCUCCCACUGCCAGUAGUGGCAGUAACAUCGGUGCCCGAGAAUAUAUCGACUUCCAGUGACAAACAUAUUGGUGUGGAUAGGUCUAUGGAUCAGGACUCUAUGAGAGCCCCUCUAGUUAGUUCUCGGGAAGCUUAAAUUCUGGUCAAACUGAUCAUCGCUGAUACGUCCUACCUUAGCUCGUUUGUUAUAUUAUCAUUUCAGAAGUAUUGAUUAUCUUCCCCAGGCAUACCGGUUUUUCUAUAGUGGACUUGGUAGAGUCCAGGCUCCUCAUGAUCG